UCCCCAACCUUGCCCGGCAACUACUCGGCAGCCCCAAAUCUCUACUCGCUCUUCCUUUUGGCUUUGGGAGAGAAGCGGAGCAAUGAGUUGAAAAUCAUCCCUGGAUUUUUGCAUCCUGUACACAGUUAUCUCCUCAUCCUCUCCUUCAUUUUCCCACAUUGCACUCUCGGAGACUUCUGUGUGCCGGAGGGUAGCCUCGCCUAUCCGCCUAUCUGGAGCACCGGUCCUGUGGCAGGAGCCCCACUGAUGCUCUGACCAGGAGCUUCCCGAAAGGUGCCUCCCUCCACGGGUGCCCAAGGCCACGCAGAGGUGCUCCUCCUUCCCCGCCUCACCUCAUCUCCAGACACCUCUUGCCAUCAUUGCAUCCACCCUUGUGUAAAACCCGCGCCCCCCCGCCCCACCCGGCGCCGCACCCCCUCCCCCGGCUGCUCCCGGCAGGCGGGGAGCCGAACGGACUGGGGCGCGCGGGAGGCGCGCAGAGCUCGAGAGCUCUCGGGCUGCCCGAGCUCGCAGCGCCUGGGGAAUUGGGCUGUGGGCGAGGCGGCCAGGGCUGGCCUUUAUCGCUCGCCCCGCUGGUGGUUUGAAACUUUAUCAGCGAGUCUCGCCACUCGCCGCAGACGCGCGGGGGGCGGGGGCGCGGCGAGGCGCCUGCGGCCGUGACGAGGCGCUCCCGGCGCUGAGCGCUUCUGCUCGGGGCACGCAUGGCGCCCGCACACGGAGUCUGACCUGAUGCGGACGCAAGGGGGUUAAUAUGAACGCCCCUCUCGGUGGAAUCUGGCCCUGGCUCCCCCUGCUCUUGACCUGGCUCACCCCUGAGGUCAGCUCUUCAUGGUGGUACAUGAGAGCUACAGGUGGCUCCUCCAGGGUGAUGUGUGACAAUGUGCCAGGCCUGGUGAGCCGCCAGCGGCAGCUGUGCCACCGACACCCAGAUGUGAUGCGUGCCAUUGGCCUAGGCGUGGCCGAGUGGACUGCAGAGUGUCAGCACCAGUUCCGCCAGCAUCGCUGGAACUGCAACACCCUGGACAGAGAUCACAGCCUCUUCGGCAGGGUCCUGCUCCGAAGUAGUCGGGAAUCUGCCUUUGUUUACGCCGUCUCCUCAGCGGGAGUUGUGUUUGCCAUCACCAGGGCCUGUAGCCAAGGAGAAUUAAAAUCCUGUUCCUGUGAUCCAAAGAAGAAGGGAACGGCCAAGGACAGCAAGGGAAAUUUCGACUGGGGUGGCUGCAGUGAUAACAUUGACUAUGGGAUCAAAUUUGCCCGAGCAUUUGUGGAUGCCAAGGAAAGGAAAGGAAAGGAUGCCAGAGCCCUGAUGAACCUUCACAACAACAGAGCUGGCAGGAAGGCGGUAAAGCGGUUCUUGAAACAAGAAUGCAAGUGUCACGGAGUGAGUGGCUCGUGUACUCUGAGGACGUGCUGGCUGGCCAUGGCUGACUUCAGAAAAACGGGCGAUUACCUCUGGAGGAAGUACAACGGGGCCAUCCAGGUCGUCAUGAACCAGGAUGGCACUGGUUUCACUGUGGCUAACAAGAGGUUUAAGAAGCCAACAAAAAAUGACCUUGUGUAUUUUGAGAAUUCUCCAGACUAUUGUAUCAGGGACCGAGAUGCAGGCUCUCUGGGUACAGCAGGCCGUGUAUGCAACCUGACUUCCCGGGGCAUGGACAGCUGCGAGGUCAUGUGCUGCGGGAGAGGCUAUGACACCUCCCACGUCACCCGGAUGACCAAGUGCGAGUGUAAGUUCCACUGGUGCUGUGCCGUGCGCUGUCAGGACUGUCUGGAGGCCCUGGACGUGCACACAUGCAAGGCCCCUAAAAGCGUUGACUGGGCGGCUCCCACAUGACCCCAGAGGAGGUUGCCAUCACCUUCUCUCCUGCAAGGACUCCAUUGGAUCUGCAAGGACACUGGGCCUUUGGGUUUUCUCGGGGAGAUAUUUCCUAAGGCAUGUGACUUUGCCUCAACAGAAGUCCUUCCUCUCCCACCCAGGGGGCCCCAGAACUGGGGCCACAUGUUGCACACAAAGCAUGCCUUAUUCCCUCCGCCUUCGAGCAUUCUGGGCUGCAUCUCUUCCUGGUCAGGACAGACUGCUAGGAGGGGAGGGGCCGGCCACAUCACUGUCUCCACCCACCUAGACGUUUCCUCUUUCUAGAGCGGCUGGCCAGAGGGGAAAAGAGUGUCCCAAAGGAGCUUUCUCUGUGUCUCCCAAUAAAUGAUCAUAGUUCAGAAAUCCCAUACUUCUCUCAGGAGGGUAAAGACAGCAGGACCAACUGCCACCGAAUUAACUGUAAAUCCUGAAAAGACCAAGCAAGGCUUUUGCCUGAUCAAGUGUUUUUCGCAGCCACCACAUCCAGGGGUAAUUGGUAACUGCCUGGAGAAAGAUGGCUUUCAAAGAACUUCAGGUUUAAAACGCAUAUUUUUCAAAGCACUUAUUGCCAUAUUAAAAUUUGAUGUAACAAGACGGGACUGUUGUCCUUUGGUACAGUUUUGGAAUCUUUACAAUAGCAAGAGCCUCAGAAAGUCAUUGCUUUGCAUUGACUUAAUAUAAAGCAACUUUAUACAUAAAGUCCCCUUAAUAUAAAGCAACUUUAGGGAUCUCACUUAAGAUCUGAAGGGAAUUUAAAAGAAAGAUUGAUGAUCUGGCAGUAUUCUGACCUAUUGGGGGAGGAUGGAGGAGAAUAACAGUGAGUAAAAUAUCAGAAAAUGUGUCUGUACAGAUAAGGAGAAAAAGGGGAAUAAAAUUUCUAUCUGGUAUGAUGCAUGUGACCCAUGGAAUUUUGUAGUUGAAAUGGCCUUCAGAAUGAUAACUUUUGGGACGGCAAGACUAGGGAACCAACAUGCUGACAGAGAGGUUUCCAGAGGUAAGUCACGCCUACACGGCCUGCACCGUGAGCAGAUGCCCAAAAGAGGUCCGCCAUUUGUGCCAAGGAGCAUCAGCAUAUACCCAUCACCCUCCAAGCACAUUUUAAAGACCUGCCAUAUUUAAUUGUGUUCAUCUGAGGCUAACAAGAUGUCAAGAUAUCAUAGCCUCAAGCAAAUGACACAUAGCCUUGCUUAUAAGGUUGGUAACCCUAGUAUAUUAUAUGGCAAACAAAUCGUAAUUUAGAGACUGUAUUUAAGGGACCCAGCUGUAAUUAUGGGAACAUCAGUGUGCAGAUUGUGGCCGGCUUCUGUCAUGAUCCAAAAGAUGACGUCCAGGGAAAAUGGAGAGGCUGCCACCCCAUUUUCUAUAUUAAGUGAAAGAAAGGCGAAAUAUCUGAAGUUACUUCUCAUCCGCUUGGCACAAUUAGGUUCUGGUUCUAAAUAUGGUCUCUUUGCUGAGCUACAUUUAUUAACAGGAUGUUCCAUUCUAUGCAUCUGGUGUCACACUGAUGUUUGCUCAUUCGUCCAUAGCCUGGCCUUCAGUUUCUCCAUCCUUGCUCUGCAGCAGGACGUUUAGACUGAGGCUCACAGACAUCAACCUGCUGAGGUACUUUGUCAUAAUUGAUACUUGCCUCCUCACCCUCGUAAAAACAACAGAAUUUAUCUCCUUUCUCUCACUCCCUAGAGUUAGUCAUCUGAUUUUUCCAAAGUGGUUCUUUCCUCUUUUUAUUCUAUGGAUUCAGAGGCAGGAAGGGGGAGCAUGACAGAAUUGCUCAGAGCUCAGUGUGGGCCUUCGGCAGGGUGUGGGAAAGCCGGGCAGGUGGGCUCGGUCUUAGUUACACUGAAGCUGUCUGUGAAUGCCUUCCUGGGGGGAUGAGGGGACUUUCAUGGUGGUCCCACAGCCAUCAGCCCUUCUGCCUGCUGGAUGAAUUAUGAACUCAUAAAUCCAUAGGUGUGUUGAGAAAUGGAAAGGAUCUAAGUAGACAUCUCAGCUCCCUUCAGUUUGUAUCUGGGGAAAUUGAGACUGCGAGAGGUGAAGAUCUCUGUGCAAAUAUCUGCCACUGCUCUCAAGCCCCAUCACAAACAGGACCACAUGUUCAGAGCAGUCAGGAAAGCCAAGCACUUUAUCUAGUUUGUCUCGGAAUUAAUGCAAGUGGAGUCUAAAUAAUUUUAGCAUCCAAAAGGGAUGGUCAUUAUCUCUUUUAAUUCUUGGGAUGCUUUCUUUUAAAAAAAUAUUUUUAAUGUUUAUCUACUUUUUGAGGGAGGGGGAGGGGCAGAGAGAGAGAGAGAGAUACACACACACAGAAUGUGAAGCAGCCUCCAGGCUUUGCACUGUGAACACAGAGUCCUGAUGCAGGGCUCGAACUCACGAACAGCAAGAUCAUGACCUGAGCUGAAAUCAGACGCUUAACUGACUGAGCCACCCAGGCACCCCAUAACCCCUAGGAUAUUUUUAUCUGACUUUGUUUUUUUGCUGAGAUGCAUCCUACUUGAUAAGGAGCAAGGGAACAAGGUGUACCCAUGCAGGAACCUGCAUAAAUUUCCCUAAUCUGUAAGGGAGACUCUGGCAGCCAUCUGAAAUGCCAGUAGGUAUCGCCAUUAGGGAGGGUAUAACAAGAGACUGAAAGAUUUUUAUCUGUUUUCAAAUAGAGGAAAUCUCCACUAUGGAAAAAAAUUAAAAACAGGUGAAGAUAAUUUCAAACUCAUUUUCUCUAGGGCUUGGUUGAGGCUCCACAGUCCAGGAUUCUAAACUAUACUAAAGUCUUGAUUACCUGAGGCUUUUAAGGCAAUGUAUGGCACAAAUUACCCAAAACAAAAUGAGAGACUCCAUUCAGAUCCCCUUAAAAAUUUCCUCCCAAUAAAAAUUUUAUUACAAAACAAAGUUUUCUAGGCCCACGAUGAUGCCAAUUAAUGUUCCGCAACAUCUUUAAAAGUUCUAACAGAAUAGGAGAUCUUGACUAAUUCAGUGGAGUUUUCUAUAAUAAAGAUGUAAUCUGCACGUGACUCUGAGUCUUAGCAAAUUUGUUGUCCUCAAUAAAUUUGCCUCCCUAAAUUGGUCUGUAUUGGACUGAUCUUUGUAUUCUGUGAGCACCUUUGUCAAGGUGCAUCUUCAAAGUAUAAGAGACUUAAUUAAAAACUGAGAACAAACUGAGGGUUGAUGGGGGGUGGGAGGGAGAGAAGGGUAGGUGAUGGGUAUUGAAGAGGGCAUCUUUCAAUACCCCUUAGCACUUAGUGCUUUCAAUACCCCCUGAGCACUUAGUGUUGUAUGGAAACCAAUCUGACAAAUUUCAUAUAUUAAAAAAAAAAAAAGGUGCAAUCUAGUUACAACAUCUUGGAUAGCCUCUCACGUUUAGCUCCAGCACAAAAGCCCCAAGUGCCAGGACCACACUCAGCGGUGGGUCUUUGCCCCUCUAGGACGGAGGCCCUGGCAUAUUAUUGGACCACAGAUGCUCAGAAGUGGGAGAAUCAUAGGGCACCCCAGAAUACUGAUUAUCUGCUCUCCCUUAUAUGGAUGUCACCAGACUGCAAGGAACAUCCCAGAAGAAUCUACUAAUGGCAAUUUAUUCUGUAUGGGGCUGGAUAAUGGGAGAAGGAUUAAGAGGGAAAGAGUCAGGUGGCUGCUAUUAAGUGACAGGCUGAGUGAGCGUGGUGAUGGUGAAGAGUGGCUUUUUCAGCUCUUGGGAGUAACCUCCACCCUUCCUGCUGUUGUUGCUUCCCUGCCCCCUCCCAGCACCUACUUCCCAAGGCAUCAAGAGGCCCAGAAGUGCAGGGCCUCAAGCCACUGCUCACUUUCUCCAUACCUGUUGUGUAGCUUUGCUCAAGGCUGUCAAGGUUAAUUUCAAGAGAUGUUCUCAAUUGUCACAGCUGUAUUCUUUUUUGGAGUUAUUACAAAGCUUGAAAAACAUCAGGUCUCACAUUUCUUUUUCAAAGAAAGUAGCUUUAAAGUGAGAAAAUCUAGCUUCACGUUGACAUUUCUCAGCUUUAUUAAUUUAUUAAGGAAUCUUACAUCAACUCUGCAAAACCUAAAGCGGGGCUCCCUUAGAAGCAGCCAACAUGACUGUACAUGCACUUGUCCUUGAUGGCAUUUUUAAGCCAACAUAUUGUGAUUACGUCUCAUUUAUUAAAGGCUGGCCUGAAGCUGGUAUUGUCUCACUCAGCUGAAGAACAUUCAUCUCGCCUCUUGCCUGCUCUCAAAAUAAAGGCUCAGAGAGGUGUCCAAUAGACCAGAACCAUUCUUUUGUGUCUAUUUACUGUACUUCAACCCAUGUUUCCUUAUCUUAAGAGCAAGAAGUGUACUCUUAACAAAUAAACCUCACCAGUUCCAAAGCUGGUAAAUUGCUUUUGUCAGGUCUCUGCUGACCUUCUGAAAAACAAUCUGCUGGUGUAAGCUGACAAAGGCCUGCUUAUUUUGACCUUCUCCUUACCUAGGCAGAGAAAAUUUUCUGUCACUCAUCCAUGAGAAUGUUCUUUACAUUUUUCAGGGGAUCAGCAAGGUGACAGGUGGUUUGCAAAGCCCAACAUGAUUAUUAUUUUUCUAAAUCAUAGUUGUUCCAACUCCAGCUUUUUUUCCCCUGAUAUUCACAUGAUUCCUGUUUAACCAAACCUCCCACAUCCAUGAGCUAAUAAAAGUGUCACGCAGAUUGUUACAAAGAACUAUUGUUAUUUACAAGUCUACAUUUUCUGUGAAAUCAAAACAUAAUAAAGUGAAUUUUCAGUGUUGA